AUGCCUCCAGCAAAAUCCUCGCGAAACCACGACGACUCCAAGGCCGAAGGCCCCAAUUCCAAGGAAAAGGGCGGCAACGGUCACUCUUCGACCAAGAUGCGCCGGGGCGCCAGCCAGCAGAAUCACUCUCAUCUGCGCGAAGUUACAAACGCUGCUGCCAUUCCUCCUCCUCAGCCUGCUGCUGAGCCUUCUCCUCCUAGUCUACAAUGGACCACUUUCGAGCGAGACAUCCUCCAUGCUUACCGUCGCGAGCAUCGCCUGAACACCCCGAGCUCCUUCUCGAACCCCUACCGUCAAUGGAUUCUCUCGCAACCGAACGGAAUUGGCCUCCAUUCCCCAACCAUGGUUCGACGCCAGCAAGCUCGUCGCCAGAGCAAGGACAAGCUUGCUCUGGCCGUGCGCAAGCAUUUUAACGGAAUGGGUGUGCAAGAGAACGACGUGAUCGUCGACUUUAUUUACAAGAUUCGUCACGACACCACCCGCAUCUCGAAGCCGUACUCGGCCCCGACGGCGACGACGAAAUAA